AUGCCUGACAGUUGCCCCGUUUGCUUCCCAGCUGGUGCUGAUCCCUCCCCUUCCGGUGGGAAAGUGACAAUGGUCAGGAAUUUAAAACUUCUUCUUUGGAAGAAUUUCAUCCUGAAGAAGCGGAAGACUCUGAUAACAGUGCUUGAAAUCCUAAUGCCGCUACUCUUCUCCAUGAUCGUCAUGUACCUGCGUUUAAACAGUUUGCCCAAGAAAAUACCUCCUGUCAACUACCUGGCCAUCGAUAUCGGUUUACUGCCAGACUUCUUCUAUUUUCCUACUCACACCAGAUACCAACUAGCGUAUGUCUCUUCCAAAAGCGAAACGUUGAAGGCUAUCACUGAAGCGGUGGGGAAAUCCUUUGACGUUGAGUUUGAAGUCCUAGGCCAUUCUUCAGUGCCUUUGUUUGAAAAUUACAUACUCCAGGAUCCCAAAGCCUUCUUCGUGUUGGCUGGAAUUGUCUUCGAUCACACCUUCAAUGACAGCAAGCAACCCCUGCCGCUGAAGGUUAAGUACCGCCUGCGCUUCAGCUACACGCAGAGGAACUCCUUAAUCGCGCAGCUGACCUCCAAACAAGAUUAUGUGGACAGCUGGGGCACAUCCUUCCUCUACCCUCCCAACCCAAGCCAAGAGCCCCGGGCCUUAGGGCAUUCAGACGGCGGACUCCCUGGAUACAGCAACGAAGGCUUCCUGGCCAUCCAGCAUGCGCUGGACAAGGCCAUCAUGCACUACCACGCCCACAACGGGACGACCGAGAUGUUUGAGGGCCUGAGUGUGCUUGUGAAGAGGUUCCCCCACGGAGCCCACAUCCAGGACAGGCUCCUGGUGACCCUUCAGAACGAGUUCCCUCUUCUGCUCAUGCUCAGCUUCAUCUGCAUCGAGCUCAUCAUCAUCAAUUCCAUUGCCCUGGAGAAGGAGAAAAAACUGAAGGAGUACAUGUGCAUGAUGGGAGUGGACAACUGGCAACAUUGGGCUGCCUGGUUCAUCAUGUCCUUCGUCUCGGCCCUCCUCGCCGUUUCUUUCAUGACCGUCCUCUUCUGCACACAGGUGAACAGUGUGGCGGUGUUCAGGAACAGCGACCCUAGCUUGAUAUUUGUUUUCCUACUGUCUUUUGCCACGGCCACCAUUUUCUUUGCAUUCAUGAUCAGCACAUUCUUCCAAAAAGCCCACAUAGCCACUGCCUCGGGAGGAAUCAUCUUCUUCCUCACCUACCUCCCAUACCUGUACCUCACUUUCAGCUACUCCCAGAGGACCCACUUCCAAAAGAUUGGCUUUUGCCUGCUCUCGAAUGUCGCCAUGGCACUGGGAGUGCGAUUUAUCUCCAUAUUUGAGAUAAGAGGCACAGGCCUGCAGUGGAAGAACGUGGGCGGCUUCAGCGGGGAGUUUAACUUCUGCCAGGUGCUGCUGAUGCUUCUGCUGGACUCCGUCUUGUACGGCGCGGUGGCCGGGUACGUGGAGGCCGUCCUCCCGGGCGAGCACGGCGUGCCCAAGCCCUGGUACUUCUUCGUCAUGGUGAGUCCCGUGCCCCUCACGCAGUCGGUGCUCCGGGUGGCGGAUCCGGACAACUCUCCAAAGAGCAAGUUGAUUCAGGAAGAGCCUACCAAUUUGAAGAAAGGGAUUGAAAUCCAGCAUCUCUACAAGGUCUAUCACACAGGAAAGAAUAAACAUGUAGCAGUCAAAGACCUGACCCUGAAUCUGUACCAGGGGCAGAUCACCGCUGUCCUGGGACACAACGGAGCCGGCAAAACCACCACGUGCUACGUGCUCACAGGUCUUAUUCCCCCUUCAAGUGGGUGUGUGUAUAUCAAUGGAUAUGAAAUUUCACGCAAUAUGGCGGAGAUCCGGAAGAGCGUGGGCUGGUGCCCCCAACACGACAUCCUGUUUGAUGACCUCACCGUAGCGGAGCAUCUCUCUUUCUAUGCUCAGCUGAAGGGCCUGUCCCGCCUCAAGUGCCCCGAAGAGGUCCAGCGGAUGCUGCACGCCCUCAGCCUGGAGGACAAGCGGGACUCCCUGAGCAGGUGCCUGAGCGGGGGCCUGAGGCGCAAGCUGUCCAUCGGCAUCGCCCUCAUCGCGGGCUCCAAGGUGCUGAUGCUGGACGAGCCCACCUCGGGCAUGGACGCCGUCUCCAGGAGGGCCAUCUGGGACCUGCUGCAGCAGCACAAGAGCCAGCGCACCGUGCUGCUCACCACGCACUUCAUGGACGAGGCCGACCUGCUGGGGGACCGCGUGGCCAUCAUGGCCAAGGGGGAGCUUCAGUGCUGCGGGUCCUCGCUGUUCCUCAAGCAGAAGUACGGUGCAGGAUAUUACAUGACUUUAGUGAAGAAACCUCACUGUAGCACAGAGAAGAUUGCCCAUCUGAUUUAUCACCACAUACCCAAUGCGGUUUUGCAGUCCAGCAUUGGAGAAGAAUUAACGUUUAUUCUUCCUAAAAAGAGCAUGCCCAGGUGCGGACCCCAGGGGGCGGGAGUACCUGUGUGUGUGCACGGGAGAAUAAAACCUCUCUUCCCUUCCAGGUUUGCAUCUCUAUUUACCGAGUUGGAACAGAGGCAGGUGGAGCUGGGGAUCGCCAGCUUCGGGGCCUCGGUCACCACCAUGGAGGAGGUCUUCAUUCGGGUGAACAAGCUGACAGAUUCCAGCACAGAAAUCCAAACCCUCAAGAUUCCCUCCAUUCAGUCUCACCACCUGAUCGGCGGGGUUCCUGUCAACAGAAUCAAACGUAUUCACUCAAGGAUCUUCUCCAUACCGUCCGGCCUGCCAAUCCAUCACAACACUGGGUUCAGCCUCAUCUGCCAACAGUUCUAUGCCAUGCUCCUGAAAAGGGUCCUGUACUCUUGGCGCAACUGGUUGUUGAUGCUCACGGUACAGGUCCUGGUGCCCCUGCUGAUCACCACCUUCAGCCUCACCAUCUUCAACUUGGAAACGAACACGGGCAGCGUGCCGCUGGAACUGACCCUGAGAACGUACGGCCGAACCGUCGUCCCGUUCUAUAUUUCUCCCAAUUCCAGGCUGGGUCCUCGGCUUUCACAGUAUUUUACAGACAUGCUUCUGGCGGAGGAACAGAUCCCUCUGGAGACCUGGAGCUCGGUGGAGGACCUCCUCCUGGACAAGGCAGAGGAGGAGCCCGAGGGCUUUGAUUUCAAAUACGUCGUGGCUGCUUCCUUUGAAGACCAGGGGAACCACACGACGGUGACGGCGCUGUUCAACAACCAGGCGUACCACUCCCCUGCCGUGGCGCUGGCGCUCGUGGACAACUUCCUCUUCAAGCUGCUCUCCGGGGCCACGGCUUCCAUCACGGCGUCCAACCACCCUCAACCUAAGUCGGCCCUGGAGGCCUCGGAGGACAUCUUGUACAACAGCCCUAAAGGACACUACCUUGUUAUCAACUUGCUUUUCGGAAUAGCUUUCCUGUCCAGCUCCUUUGCCAUCUUGACGGUCAAAGAGAGAUCCACAAAGGCCAAGCACAUCCAGUUCAUCAGUGGUGUUUAUGUGGCCACCUUCUGGCUCUCCGCUCUGCUGUGGGACCUCAUCACUUCCCUGGUCCCCAGUCUGCUGCUGCUGGUGGUGUUUCUGUACCACGAGGAAGAAGCCUUCACACACCAGGAAAACGUCCAGGCCAUCAUUCUGGUGCUAAUGCUCUACAGCUGGGCGAGCAUCCCCUUGGUGUAUCUGAGCAGCUUCUGUUUUCGCAACGAAGGGAGUGCUUUUGUCAAGCUCCUGGUCAUGCUCACCUUCCUGAGCAUCGGCCCAUUCAUUCUCAUCUCAGUCAUGGAGGACAAAGACCAAGGCCGCACCAGGGUCUCGGAGUCGUUGGAUCAUGCCUUCCUAACGCUCCCCGGCCACUGCCUGGGAAUGGCUCUCUUCAACUUAUACUACAACUACGGACUCCAGAAGUUAUGCGAAACCAGGAACCUGAGCCAGUCUGAGUGUAAUAAAUUUUUAGAGGGAUACACGGUCCAGGAGAGCGUCUACGCCUGGGAGUCCCUCGGGAUGGGGAAGUACUUGGCAGCCCUUGCCAUCUUGGGGUCUGUGUACCUCAUCCUGCUUUUCCUCAUUGAAACCAAUGUCUUGUGGGAAUUGAAAGCCAGGUUUUCUGACCUCAACGGGAAGCAAGAAUCGGUAACGUUGCAGAAGGUAACAUCCGUGCCCAGAGACCAAGAUGUGCAAGAGGAGGCAAAAAUGGUCCAGACUUCUUUGAAAAAGCUGCGUGAGGAAAACCCACUUGUUCUUAAAGACGUGUCAAAGGUAACAUCAGACGUGCCCCAAAGGCAAAGAAUCCCAAAGGCAAGACCAUUCUUCGGGUGGCCCUUUGAUAAGGAAGCUGCUGCCUGGGCGGGGGAGGGGCCCUGUCUGCUAGCUCCAGCCACCGUCUACGGCAGGAAGGUGCCCCUGCUGGCCGUGAACAAGGUGUCCUUCGCUGUCCAGGCAGAGGAGUGCUUUGGCCUUCUUGGUGUCAACGGAGCUGGGAAAACGUCCAUCUUCAAAAUGCUGACCGGGGAAGAGCCCAUCACCUCUGGGGACGCCUUUAUCAGGGGCCUCAGCAUCAGCUCUCACCUCAGGAAGGUGCGGCAGUGGGUGGGCUACUGUCCCCAGUUUGACACCCUACUCAACCACAUGACGGGCUGGGAGACGCUGGUCAUGUACGCCCGGAUCCGGGGCAUCCCCGAGCGCCACAUCGGCACCUGCGUGGAACAAAUUCUUGAGGAGUUACUCAUGUACGCCUACACUGACAAACUGGUGAAGACCUACAGUGGUGGCAACAAACGAAAGUUGAGCACUGGCGUCGCCCUAAUUGGAGAGCCUUCAGUCAUCUUGCUGGACGAGCCAUCCACUGGCAUGGACCCCGUGGCCCGGCGCCUGCUCUGGGGCACAGUGGCACAAGCCCGCAAGUCUGGCAAGGCCAUUGUUCUCACCACCCACAGCAUGGAAGAAUGUGAGGCCUUGUGCACCCGGCUGGCCAUCAUGGUGCAGGGCCAGUUCAAGUGCCUGGGCAGCCCACAGCACCUCAAGAGCAAGUUUGGCAGCGGCUACUCCCUGCGGGCCAAGGUCCGGAGCGAAGGGCGGCAGGAGGCCCUGGAGGAGUUCAAGGCGUUUGUGAACCUGACCUUCCCAGGCAGCGUCCUGGAGGAUGAGCACCAAGGGUUGGUCCAUUACCACCUGCCCGGGGAGGACCUCAGCUGGGCCAAGGUGUUUGACAUUCUGGAGCAAGCCAAGAGGAAAUUCAUGCUGGAUGACUAUUCUGUCAACCAAGUCUCCCUGGAGGAUAUUUUCCUGAGCUUCACCUGCCCUAUGCCCCCUACCCAAGAGGGAAAGAAACCAGAGCAAGCAAAGCCAGCUCCACCCCCCUCCCAGCCUCCCUCCCAGCCUCUCUCCCCACUUCCCUCAGAACCUGUCUUGCUGUAAUAAAGAGUGUGCAGCCUGCCAUGGGCUGCAAGGGGUACAAAGAUAGCUUGUACACCCAGUGAGCUCAGUGCGGGGCCGAGGGUUGGGGGUGGCUCUAGACCA